GCAUAACAAAGUCACAACUCAUAUUCAGUUUUUCUGUCAAGUUCUUUUAUUUUGAGUGAAACCGCGUCGAUUAAGUUCAAUUUUAUCAAAAUCGGAGGUGAAGACUGGUAUUCUAAGUAAUUACCGGUAGAACAUAUCAUAGAUAAUUAUUCAUUAUGUUAUUAUACAUUGCAUUUAUUUCAUAUUUCGUACGCAUUUCGAUCAUCGACACGCACUAUUACAUCUACUAUUUCAUGAAACACGAUUUUAUCAGCAGAAAUAGAUGUGACUUAUAAUUUCAAGAGUUCAGGAGUUGGUGGCGGUAGUGUACAGCGAUUUUUGGUGUCACAAAAAAAAAGGCCGGAAUGGCCGCUCUCAAGCUUUUUUCUGGUUUCAAAAAUCUGGCAUCCCUGCUGCCUACUCUUGAUUUCUAGUUUUCAUGAUUGUAAUGUAAUCUGAUCUAACCUCUUAAUAAUUGUGAAAAAGUGUUCACUAUGUCAGUGAAACAAAUUAAAAGUAAUGCUGUAAUUUUAACCUUCAAGAAUUUACUGCAUCUUAUGUCAACAGAAAUUUGCAGAUGAAGCUGUGAAAGUUUAUUGCUUACUUAUGAAAGUUACUUAACGAUUAUCUUUUUACUAAGUGAUAUCUAUUAAACAAGUUCAAAAUGAAUGAAAAUGAAUCUAUGUACGGGACAACUUUGUCUCAAGAGUCUAUCAAAGUUAUAGCAGAGAGUAUUGGUGUAGGUAACUUUCCAGACGAGGCUGCAAAGGAACUUGCAGAAGAUGUGAGUUAUAGACUAAAAGAAAUUAUUCAGGAUGCUGCAAAAUUUAUGCGUCAUGGAAAACGCCAACGCAUGACUGCACAUGACAUAGAUCAUGCACUGAAAAUUAAGAAUAUUGAGCCAACAUAUGGAUUUUUCGCCAAGGAUUACAUACCAUUUCGUUUUGCAUCAGGUGGCGGUAGAGAAUUGCAUUUUGUAGAAGAGAAAGAAAUUGAUCUUAAUGAGGUUGUAGCUACAGCUGGUGGACAAUCUUGGCCAAAGCUACCUUUGGAAGUUACAUUGCGAGCCCAUUGGCUAUGCAUUGACGGAGUGCAACCUACUAUACCAGAGAAUCCACCGCCAGUAUCAAAAGACAAAAGAUUAACUAAUAAAUCAGUGGCACCAGUCUUGAAAACGAUACGAUCACCACCGGAUUAUGUGGAGGAAUACAAACAGGAUUAUGGAUACAUAGGACCUGCAUUAUGCGCUGCAGUUGCGAAAGCUCGUACACAACCAGCUGCUUUAACGACUACAGCUACAACCACCGCACUUACCACGAAUCAGCAACAAGGUUCUAAUUGCACAGGAAAAACACUCAUGCAAACAGUGACCAGUUCGAAUCCAGGUCAGCAACCCAGUCGGACAUUUAUGCUUGGCACAAGUAGAAAUGCUACUGGAUCUUCCUCCACUGGUGGACAAAAAUUUGUUAUUUUGCAAUCGCGCUCACAAACGCCUACUGUCUCCAAUAUAAAUACUAUCAAUACUGGUACGAUUCAACAACAGCAGACACAAACACAGGUACAACAAUCACAAUCACAGCCACAACAACAACAACAACAACAACAGCAACAGCAGCAGCAGCAGCAAGUUAAAUUGGCGCAAACUAAUGUCGGUCAACAGAAGACACAUGUACAAAGUUCUACACCGAAAUUAGUUGUAGUGUGCAUGUCUGCCAGUGGUCACACUAAUACAUCAAUGACGCAGCAAGCAAAUCUUACGACAAAAACGCAAAAUGUCUUUGUUACGCAACAAAGUGUUGAAAGAUCACUCAGCCCGGAAGAGGAACAAUCAUUUCAGUGAAAGUAUAUAAAUAUAUAUAAAGUAUAUAAGUUAUAAGAGAUGAAAAUAGAACUUCCAAAUACUUCCUUUUGUAGUUAAUACAUUCUUUAGAAUAAGAGAAAAUAUUUCUAAAUAAAAAAUAAACUUAUAUGAAAAUAUUA